AUGGCAUCGCUAAUCAUCGUUUGGGCCGUGCUGGCGUUGCCGUUGGCAACGGGCCAUCUCAACGUUCUCAUCAGUCAAGCCGAAGUAAUGAAGCUCUUAGGCUUGGACGCUGAGUUGUACUACGUUCGAGAAGGAGUCGUGAACACUUACGCUACGAGUUUCAUUGUGCCCGUUCCGGCACAUAUCGCCGACUUGGAGUUUAUGUGGCAAGCCCUUGGACGAACACCGCUUCCGUACGUGAUGGCUAUAGAGUAUGAGGCUAGAGGCGCCAUGUUGCCGCCACAGGUCAAUAUCUCUGAACGGGGAUAUGUGCCCACAACUCUACAGACUUUUCGGAUUCGUUUGCCGUGUACCGGUACGAGAAGUGCAGAAAACCUAGUCACAAUUCAACUGAACAUAUCGGUUCCCGACCGCGCCCACAACGAUAUCCGAUUGACCUUCAAAAGGAACAAGAUCUGCUUAAAAGGCUUGGCGACAAUAGUGACCCACAAUGAGUCGGCACGUUUAGCCGGCGACGCUUCCCGUGGUCCGAGCGGAGUUCUAUUCGCGGCGGGGGGCUGUGCGGCCGCAGCAUUAGCGCUGCUAGCUGCUGCCGCCGCAGCCGGGACCCUGUACAAGCGGGGCAGCAAGCAAAGGCACCACGACUCGAUACACAGUACGUCGUACACCACAGCGGCCUACGGGAGUCAUCAAAACGUUCUCCUUAGAUUGGAUACGCUUGGUCGCCCGCCAAGUUCGACUGGAUCCUACGCCACGAUAGCUAGUUUACACAAAUUUCCGUUUGGGAGUAGAAGGUCACCAUCGCCGUACGCAACAACGCAGAUAGGUGAACAUGUGUAUGCGAAGCCGGAUUCUCGCGUUUCGUAUUACGCUGCGUCCAAUCUAACUCACGUAUCUCAGCAAACCGUUACAAAAGACCGCAUCACUGAUCCAGCAGAACAACUUCGUGUUCUUACUACUUCUCGUUCGAACAUACGCUUGGAGAUUCUCAUCCACGAAGGUACUUUCGGAAGAAUCUAUAAAGGGGUAUUCAAAAAAGGCGAUGUUUACGAAGAAGUUAUGGUGAAGACUGUUUCAGAUGCAGCGUCAGCUAUGCAAGCUGCUCUACUUGUGGCAGAGGGAUUAAGGUUAUACGGACUUGUUCACGCAAACGUCCUAACACCAAUGGCUGCAUGUGCUGAAGAAGCGAGGAAACCACUUUUGAUUUAUUGCUGUCCUUCGCAUUCUUCUAAUCUUAAAAGAUUUUUGUCAUCAUGCCGUUUGGGUCAGCAGUCGGCUCCAGCAACUAGAGAACUGGUAGAUUUAGGAGCACAGGUUGCUUGUGGAUUAUCUUAUCUACAUGUUCAACGAUUUGUUCACGCUGAUGUCGCUGCUAGAAAUUGCGUGGUGGACGAAAAAUUAAGACUGAAAGUAACAGAUAAUGGUCUAGCUAGAGACCUAUUUCCUGAUGAUUACCAUUGUCUUGGAGAUAACGAGAAUAGGCCUGUUAAAUGGAUGGCUCCGGAAACAUUACUUCAAAAUCAAUAUUCCACUGCUUCGGAUGUAUGGUCUUUAGGAAUAACCUUAUGGGAACUGGCAACUCUGGGUUCCUCUCCAUUAGCUGAACUUGAUGCUGCUGACGUUGGAGCAUUUUUAAACGGAGGCUAUAGACCAUCACAACCUCACAACUGUCCGGAUGAAUUGUAUGGCCUUAUGUCUUGGUGUUGGACGACUCCACCUUCAACACGACCAACUGCUCCUCAACUGCUGGCUGCUCUUCACGACUUCAGGCAAGCGUUAAGCACUUAUAUCUAAAAUUGUAAUCUUCUUAAUAUGUCUCUUCAUUCUACAUUACAUUUCAAUAUUAUAAAUACUAACGGUAAAAUGUUCAUUAUGAACAAUAUUUAAGCUAUGAUAAGAAAGAUCUCGUCACUUUUCUUAAAUUUACAAUUAAAUUGAGUAAUCUGAAUCUAAAAUCACUUCUUUCCUAACUUCCUUAUAGUUUAUUUCUUUCUUUUUUCUGAUUAAGCCAUUGUGCUUCCUGGUCAACGACAAGACACCAAAGUCAAAAGUUUGUUUUUAGAUUUUUAAUUUAAUAUGAAUUUAGUUUUGUAUAGAGUAAUAAAAGUGACUAUUAAAAUUAAAUUAAUUAUGAUAACAUUUACAGUUGAUAAGGUAAAAUAAAAUGAAUAGGUAGAUAUUAUUCUUGUAGUAUUUUAAUAAUUCAUUGUCGUGAUUAGGUUUACAU